CCAGCACCAUGGCAACGCCAUCGACGUCGCCGGACCGCGGCGUCCGCCUCUCGUACUUGCGCCACUUUAUCAACGAGCAUGGUGGCGAGGCUAGCUUUGCUGGCAAGACCACAGCCCAAGUCUGCUUUGAGUUUGUCGUGCCAUUGACUAAGCCAUCGGAGCUCUCGCUCGUCGACCACGUCGCCAGCGACCCAACGACCGCCAACUACGUCGCACCGGCCAAUUGGUAUGUCAGCCACGCAUGGAUGUACCUCUUCUUGGAGACCGUCGACAGCCUCGAGCGCUUCUUCGCCGACCGAGAUCUUGGUGACGACGCCGUCCUUUGGUUUUGCGUCUUCAACAACAACCAGCACCUCGCGAGCUCGUACCCGUUCGAGUACUGGUCGACGACGUUCAAGAACGGUCUCGCAGCCAUCGGCAACGUGGUCAUGGUCCUGCACCCGUGGAACGACCCGAUCGUGCUUCGUCGAAGCUGGUGCGUCUUUGAGGUCUACGUUGCGGUGACACUGGGCGCGCGCUUUGAGAUUGCACUGGCGCAUGAUCAAGAGCAACGCUGCAUCGGCGACAUGGCCGAAGACGGCGCCUUUCGCAAGAUGCUGGCGACAGUCAAGUGUGAAAACUCGGAGGCGACCGUGCCCAGUGACCGCGACGGUAUCUUCGCUUUGAUUCGCGCCGAGACGUCGUUCAUCGCGGUCGACCAGCUCAUUUUUUCCGUGUUUGCCGACUGGAUCAAGAGAACGCUCGAAGCAUCGAUCCCGGCCUUGCCAUCUCUGCUUGAACAAGCCGAGCGCUGGUCUGCCCUCGGACGCAUCUACCAAGACGAAAGAAAUUACGGGGAUGCCGCGCGCUGCCAUGAGCAUGCACUCUUGCUCCGCACGUCGCGUGCCGACCCGCUCGUUGUCGCGAUGACCCAAACCCAUCUGGGUAUGAUGCGCAGCAUGCUGAAUCAGCCAGCUUCGACGUGGCGGCCGCUCUUCGAGUCGGCGCUGGCUACGCAGUCGGACGCACUGGGUCCAUUCGAGUCGGACGUUUUCGAGACCCAGUACUACUUUGUCGCGGCGCUCUCCCGCAAUGGCAGGACCGACGAGGCCAAAGGCAUUGCGCUCGAUCUCUUUGACGCCCACCGGCACGUGUACGGCCUCGCCCACAAGUACACCGCUGUCGUCAUGGGCCUCGUCGCAAGCUUGCAUGUGCAUUCGCACGAGUCGCGCGCGUCGUUGCGCUGGAGUCGCAAGGCGGCGGCGCUGCAAGAGCAGCUGCACGGCUCCGAUUUCCUUAAUACCGUCUUGACGCUGCAAAUUGCAACCGUAGCCUACAUGAAUCUCGGACGCUUCGACGAAGGCCUCGCGCUCAACCAGCGCGUCCUGGCGACCACGCAGCGCACUUUCGGGGCGGACCACGAGCUGACGUUGGCGGCAACGCUCAACCAAGGCAAAUUCUUGGUCCACGUGGGCGAGCUUGCUCGUGCCACGUCGAUCUUGCGCUCGGUACGCGACCUCUUGCCGUCGGCCAAGGUACCCAAGGAUUACACUCGGGAUGUGGAGCUCAACCUCGGGCAUGCCGCGUGGACCAGUGGCGACCUUGGCGCGGCGGCCGACCAUUUUCAAGUCGCGCACCGCCGUGUGCCCGGCAAGUGCACCGUCUCGGCAAUCUACCGCCUUGCCUUGGCGACCACCGACGCCAACGCGCGUCGCGACCUCCUGGACCUCGUGGUGCUGGACGACAUUGACGAGGCGCCCGAGACGUGGGUCGCCGAGUGUGUCCUCUGCAGCAAGCCCGUCACCGGUGUUCUUCUGACGUGCAAGGCCUGUCCCAAAGGUGUGCUCUUUUUUUGUGCCGCUUGCGCAGCGACCAAGCGCGGGCGGCUUGAACGGUUCUGCCGGCACGACCCGCCCGUUGCGCAGCUGGAAACGGCGCUGCCGCCCCGCCGCCUGCUGUACCAUGACGCGCUUUUAGCGCAGGAAGGGUCGUACGAGCGCAUCGAGUCGCUGCUGAACGACUAUGCUACGUACUGCGAGACGUACAAGGUCCCGAUGCACGAGCGCUUGCAACGGCGCUCGGUGCCGGUGUUGAACCGCAACUGGCACCCGAUGGUCUAACGUAUCGAGAGAAAUGGUGUAGCGUUAUUGGCGUUAAUCGAAAGGCAGUGCAGACGUC